UCACACCCCCACAGGCACUUCUAUCACCUCAUACCUGACGCAGAAUGAUUCACGUCAAACCAUUUAAAUGGGGAGCCUCAUUGAGGAAUAAGCCCAGUUAUGGUCCUGAUUCCUGGCUUCUCUACUUCAAGUUCACUUUGAAUUCCCUCCUUUCCAGGAUGUUCAGGUCUCAGGUCACACUGACGCUUCUGGGGUUCUACUUGUCUGCUGUGCAAGGACGUCGUCUGUGCCACCCAACCAAUGCCACCAUCUCUGCAGAGAAAGACGACUGCCCAAUCUGCGUCACUCUCACCACCACCGUCUGUACUGGCUACUGCCUGACACGGGAUCCGGUAUUCAAGAAUGCCCUUUCCUCUGUGUACCAGAAUAUCUGCACCUAUAACGAGAUUCGCUAUGAUACCAUUAAACUGCCAGACUGCCUGCCGGGCACGGAUCCCUUUUUCACCUACCCCGUGGCAGUGAGCUGUAAGUGCAACCAGUGCAAGAUGGACUACAGCGACUGCACCGUGCAAAGCAUUGGGCCUGACUUCUGCUCCAACUCUCUUAUAUCCAUAUGAACUGCAUGGCUUAGUGAUACGGAGGGCAACGUUUCAGCUGAUUAACUGACCGAAUCUGCUUCAGACACGAGGCCGUACAGAGGAAAUCAGGCAUUCCUGGGGCAAUUUGCAAAGAAUUUAAAUAAAACGUUAUCACCUCAA